ACAAACCGCAAGUCAAAGUUCAGAUUCCGAGACUGAUCCUUGCCACUCUCAGUGCACAACGUAGACGGCGAGUACGGGUCUCUCACAGAACCACUCCAAUAUAUCGGCGAUGAUGCUCCUUGCUGCUAUGAUCCUUGCAGCUGGACUAAUGUCAGCUUUUCACAUCGUUUAUGCAGCGGAUCCUGACCCCUUGCAGGAAUUCUGCAUUGCAGACCUUGCUGCUGGACCAGUUUCAAAUGGAUUCCCUUGCAAGUUACCUGCACUUGCUACCACAGAGGACUUCGCAUAUUCUGGGCUUGCUAAACCUGCAGAUCCCAGCCGAGUUUCUACCGGCGGAGUUGGAACCCUCGCCUUCGUCAAAGAAUGGCCCGCUCUGAACACCCAGGGAUUGUCUCUCCUAAGACUCGACAUCAAUCCCGGCGGCAUCAUCAGUCCCCAUACACACAACUUGGCCACCGAGAUUCUGUAUGUUUUGGAGGGAGAGAUGUAUACGGGCUUCGUCACCAACAACUUCGGCAACGACCCAACCAUAUCUAAUAAGCUGUAUGCAAAGGUUGUGAAGAAGGGAGAAGCUUUCAUUUUUCCCAGAGGUCUGCUACACUUCCAGCUGAACAAGGGGAAGGUGCUUGCAUCGAGUCUGAACGUCCUGAACAGUCAGAAUCCUGGUAUUCAGCUCAUGCCUUCAGCUUUGUUCGGAAGUGGCAUCGACCGUGAAAUGCUGGAAAAGUCAUUCUUCAUGAAUGCGACUCAAGUUGCUGCGUUGAAAAACUUUUUCGAAGAGUGAUACGUCGAUUUUUGAAGUGCCAGGAGAAAUCUUAGACUUUACUGGCAUUGAGACAAUCUGAGUGCCAGGUGUAGGUAGUCCUAGGGCUCAGUUAAGUAGAUACUUGACUAUGGUCUAUUCGAUGCAGUUCAUCGAUCAGAUUGGUAUCACAAUCACUAAACUAAUUCACAUCU